AUGGAUUACGCCAAGUCCCUCAGCCUGCGUCUGGCUGCCCCUGUCUCCAAAUGUGUCUCAGCAAGUGCCUCCAUGACCCAGCAGCUGCUGUCGAGCCCGACCCCCCGUCCCCGUCCCUACCGCGUCUGCAACUGGGACCGCAGCCUGCGCAAGGGCAUCAUGGCACAGAGCCUGGGCGACCUGCUGCGCCAGGCUCAGAGCGCCCUGCUCGCCCCGGGUCCCAUCUCCUUGGUGCUGGAUGAAGAUGGCACCGCAGUGGAGACAGAAGCUUUCUUCCGGACGUUGGAGGAGGGGACGGUGCUGAUGGCCCUGAGCAAGGGACAGACCUGGGCUGCCUCCAAGACACCUGGCUACCAGCUGAGCCUGUCCCGCAAGCCUCCUCGGAGGAUUGAUGUCGCCUGUGUCACCUUCGAUCUCUACAAGACCAACCCACGGGACCUGGGAUGUCUCAAUGUCAAAGCCACGCUCUAUGGCACCUACAGCAUGUCCUAUGACCUGCGCUGCUACGGGGCCAAGCGCCUGAUGAA